AUGUUCCUAGAGCUCUUGGGCGUGAUCGCUCGUUGUUCUGUGGUGGCUACGGCCGCAGCUGCCGUCACUUUGCUGCUACUCUGGACUGCCACAGAAAGACGAGAAUAUUUCCAGAAUUCCUGCCACAACUUAAGGUCCGCGGAGCUGCGGGUGCUCCCAGGACUGCCCUUCACCUGCGGCUGGCAGCGCAUCCGCCCGGAGACCGCCAGUGGAUCCGUCGUGCCCUACGCGUUCAUUCAGCCCAAUGGAUCAUGGUGUUGGAGCAAUGCUGGCUUCAUAGCUUCUUCUGGCGGAGGCCUCUUGGUGGACACGCUGAUGGACCCGGUAUUGACUUCUACAAUGCUACGGGAGCUCUCCAACACAGGCGACGCGGCACAGAUGCGCAUUGAUGCUGUCGUCUUCACGCAUCCCGAUGUGGAUCACAUACUGGGCAACCAGGCCCUGCCGCCCGAGAUUCCACGACUGGGGACCGGCAAAGCGCAACAGGACAUUGAUGCUCAGGCCGGCGCAGCCUGGAAGCUGAAGCUUUGUGUGGAAGUGGGUAGAUUCAUAUGGCAAACUCUGAAGCUUUUUGGAGGACCUUCCUUGUUGCCGCUGCUGCCACUCGGGUGGCAGCCUCGCAUGCUGUCGCUGCUGGGUUUCGCAAAGUCUCAGGACAAUCUGUCAGGCUUCAACCUUGGAGGCAUUGACGGACGACGAUUACCCAGAUUUGAAACCGUUCUGAACACAGGAGACAACCUCACGGUCAGAGGUGAGCACUUCCCAGCCCAGUUCUGGGAGGUGGGCGCGAUUCAUUCCAAAAGCGAUUCUAUCAUCCUCCUGCCGAACAGUAAAGUGGCGUUCACUGGCGAUCUGCUAUUCAUUGGCAUAGCUCCCGUCAUGUGGAGCGGACCCGCUCAAGCUUGGGUGAAAGCCCUGGAUGAUCUUCUCGAGGCCACUGGCAGCGACUGGCGCUUUGUCCCUGGCCAUGGUCCUGUCACGGACACAGAUGGCGUCCGCUCUGUGCGGAGAUACUUUGCCUAUCUUCAUGAGGCUGUUUCGAAAGCCUGCAGUGAUUUGCCGCUGGCAGCUGCAGAUGCAGAUGAGGCUUGCGCAGACCGAGUUCUGGAGCAAAUGCCGCAAGACCUGAAGGAUGAUUUCCAGGAGCCUGAGCGCAUCAUGAUUUGCGCUGUCAUAGAGCGGAUGGCCCGACGGGCUGGCGGUCCUGCCAAAGUAAAUGUCUUGACAAAG